UGCUGCUGCUGAGCACAACCCGGGCAGACUGUAUACUGUAGUUCUCCGCCGUCCUCCUAAUAACUCCCAUGGAGGGAAUCAUCAGGGUGUGUCUCACUGAACUUCAGAGAGAGGACAACAUCUCCUAACAUGGAGGAGAAUGAGAGUGAAGACAGGUAUGGCCUCACAAGUCUGGAUCUACCCACCACACAUUUAUCAAACCCAGACUAGUGCCCUUUGCAGCGUGAAGAAAGUCAAAGUGGAGCCCAGCAGCUGUGUGUACCAUGAGAGAGCCCAACCGCGGACUUCUCUGAACGGCAGAACCCUUGGCAUAGCGCACCCGAUCAGACUCGCUCCCUCCUUUGCGACCCGAGACUUGGCAGUGGGCGAGAGAACGCGUGGCGGCGGGCAGGAGUUCCCUGUACAGACGGUGGCCGUGCGUGGGGUACGGAGAAAGCAGAACGGAACAGGAGGAACAGGCCCGGAGGAGGCCCAGCAGCCCCAGGACACAGGGCCCGUCUCCUGGCAGGGCAAGGGGCAGGAGCAGACGGACAGAGACAGGGGAGGCAGCAGUAGUGGAGCGACAGGAGGAGGGGGAAGGGGGGAGGAAGGUAGAGGAGGAGGUAGGAAGGAAGAGACAGAAGGUGACUGGGAAGAGGGUGAUUGUGGAGGUUUGAACUUGGCCGACAGCGCUCAGCGAUGUGGGCUGAAACGUAAGAGCGAGGAGCUUGAUAACCGCGGGAGCACCAUGCAGAUAGUGGAGGACCUGUCCAUGUUGCCAGCCAUGAUGCAAACGACCAAUGGGGGGAAUCCAGCUGGGUUGCCCACGGCUGUAGGGGGCGGAGGAGGACCCCCAACCAAACAGGGAGCGGUGGGCGGAGCAGGAGGGGGUGAUGGGGACUACCAGCUGGUGCAGCACGAGGUCCUGUGCUCCAUGAAGAACACGUACGAGGUGCUGGACUUCCUGGGCCGCGGCACCUUCGGACAGGUGGUAAAGUGCUGGAAGAGGGGUACUGGGGAGGUGGUGGCGGUGAAGAUCCUGAAGAACCACCCGUCAUACGCGCGCCAGGGCCAGAUAGAGGUGGGCAUUCUAGCCCGGCUGAGCGGGGAGAACGCGGAUGAGCACAACCUGGUGCGGGCCUUCGAGUGCUUCCAGCACCGCAGCCACACAUGCCUGGUGUUUGAGAUGCUGGAGCAGAACCUCUAUGACUUCCUCAAGCAGAACAAGUUCAGCCCGCUGCCACUGAAGGUGAUCCGACCCGUGCUGCAGCAGGUGGCCACGGCCCUGAGGAAGUUGAAGACCAUGGGCCUGAUCCACGCUGACCUAAAGCCGGAGAACAUUAUGCUGGUGGACCCUGUCAGGCAGCCCUACAGGGUGAAGGUGAUAGACUUUGGCUCAGCCAGCCACGUGUCCAAGGCUGUGUGCUCCACAUACCUCCAGUCCCGGUACUACAGGGCUCCAGAGAUCAUCCUGGGCCUGCCCUUCUGUGAAGCUAUCGACAUGUGGUCCCUGGGCUGUGUGAUCGCUGAGCUCUUCCUGGGCUGGCCUCUCUACCCAGGAGCCCUGGAGUACGACCAGAUUCGCUACAUUUCUCAGACGCAGGGUUUGCCUGGGGAGCAUCUGUUGAAUGUGGGGACAAAAUCGGCACGGUUCUUCUGCAGGGAGUCUGACUCCCCCUACUCAGCAUGGCGAUUGAAAUCGACUGAUGAGCAUGAGACCGAGACGGGGAUGAAAUCGAAGGAAGCAAGGAAGUACAUCUUCAACUGUUUGGAUGACAUGGCGCACGUCAACUUGGUGAUGAAUCUGGAAGGUAGUGACCUGUUGGCAGAGAAGGUGGACCGAAGAGAGUUUGUAGGCCUGCUGAAGAGGAUGUUGUGGAUCGAUGCUGAGAAGAGGAUCGCCCCCGCGGAGGCGCUCAGCCACUCCUUUAUGUCCAUGCAACACCUGCUCGACUUCCCCCAUAGCAACCAUGUCAAAUCAUGUUUCCACAUUAUGGACGUUACCCGCUCUCGUCCCGGUCCUUACGACACGCUCAACCGGAACAAAGCCCCCUUCAUCAGACCGGUGACCACCACCACCACCACAGUUAACCUGACCGGGCCCUUCAGCAAGAUGGCCGCCAUCCACAACCAAGCUUUAGCCCCCUCGGCCCCCUCAGUGAUGCACCCUGGGAUACCGCUCCAAACAGGAAAUGGCCAGUUUGGCUGCAGCGACUCAUUUCAACAGGCACUCAUCCUGUGCCCCCCAACGAUGCAGGGAAUCCCCACUAACGCAGCCAAGCCUCAGGGCUUCUCCGUACGCAUGGAGACUGCUGUGCCUCUGGUCACCCAAGCUCCCUCCAUCCAGCCCCUACAGAUCAGACCUGGGCUCAUCACACAGCAGACCUGGUCUAACCGCCCCCAGCAGAUCCUGGUGCCCGCCUGGCAGCAGGUGACUUCAAUGGCGCCCCCACCAGCCACCAUGGCGUCUGACACUGUGGCAGGCCCACAGAGACUGGGAGAAUGGGGGAAGGUGCGUCCCCAUGGCAACCAAUACAGCUCUAUGAUGCCCCACCACCAUCAGCCGUUCUUAACCAACCAGAUGACCAUGUCUGCCCACCAGCCAAUCAGCAUAGGCAUCGCACACGUGGUGUGGCCACAGCCCUCUGCAAACAAGAGAAACAAGCCCUGCUUUAACAGAGGCAGCAAUUUCACCUACAACACCAACACCCAAAACUCAGUAUGCCAGUCCCCAAAGAUGGCCGACACCACGAGGAAUGUCCCAGAGGAUAGAUUCCCAGAGGCGGGGCGAGCUGCACAGCUGGAACCUGAACCGGAGCAGGUGGAGGAGCCUAGCUGCUGUAAGGCAGGUUCAGACUCUGAAGAGCAGUCUGUCUCUUAUAAGCAGCGGCAGGCCAUGGUGAUGUCUGAUCUGGCCAGCCCCACUGUUACUGUCAUUAGUAUCAGCAGUGAUGAGGAAGAGGAGGAGGAAGAGAGAACACGGAGACACUCACUGGGGGAGUGUAAGGGCAGUGCUGAGUGUGAGGCGUGUCAGAGCACAGUGAGUAUGGAGAGAGUAUGUUCCCUCAGCAGUCCAGACAGCACCCUCAGCACCAGCUCCUCUGCCUCAGCCCAGUCCAGCACCUCACCCUGCAAACGCCCCAACAGUAUGUCAGAUGACGAGCAGGAGAGUGGUUGUGACAUUGUGGACGGCUCGCCUUCCUCCGACUCCUCUGGCCCUAGCAACAGCCCCUUCACCGAACAACGCUACAUCGCCGAUGGCAACCAGAACCGCGGGCCCCGUGUAGCGUGCGUCGCCCCGGUAACGGAGCCCAGAAAGCCGGCGGUGCGCACCAUGGUGGUGCCGCCAAUGAGGUUGCAGAAUAACAACCCCCACCCACACAUCAACGAGACGCUAGGCAACACCAUCUUAGAGUCUUUCCAGUUCAAAGGGCGAGGUAUCCCGGGCCGUCAACCGCACCACUCCAUCCCCCUCCUCAACCGGCCACAGAAGAUCACUGCAUUCCAGCACCAGCAACAGCAGCCCAUGGGCUUUGGACAGCUCCAGCAUUACGGCUCCUGCCACCAGGAAUGGAAUGGAAACUAUGCCCACCGGCGCCCGCAGGCUUACAUCCCCCCCACUAUGCAUGGGCACUCCUUUACCCUACCCCACGGCAGCCCCAACCACACUUCAGGCCCCCGCCAUCACCCCCACGGCCAGCAUACUCUUCUGUCCUACCCCCCCCCUGGGCCCCUGGUCACAGCAGCCCCUGUGGCCCACAUCCUGGCCUCCCCCGGGGCUUCACGGCCCGUCCUGCAGCCCGCCUACAGCAUCUCUCACCCGGGUGGUAUCGUCCACCAGGUCACUGUGGGCAUCAACCCCCGGCUGCUGCCCUCGCCCACUAUCCACCCCCAGGGCCAGUUCAAGGCCCUCUUCCCCCCGCAUCCCUACAUGGCCUCGCCUGCCUACGCCACCUUCCCUCUCAGCCCCACCAAACUCAACCAGUACCCCUACAUCUGACAAGGUGCCGGAGCGGCCCACCCUCCAGAUGCACCUCGCGCCCCCCGGGGGCCAAGCGAGCAGGAGGGGCCGCCUUCUCAGAAUACACAACAAACAACCACAACAUGGUUUUCAUGUCCAGAGCCAUGGCACAACCACAGAGAAACAAGCUAUUUUUAUCAAUCAUGUAGACUUGGGUGCAAUUGAAAUAUGAGCUAUAAAAAAUGUAAUCACAAAGUUUGGGUGGAGGAUGGAGAAAUGGAGGAUGAGGAGGGGGGCAAGGAAGGAAGGAAGGAUGGAAGGAUGGAAUGAUUGAAUGUAGAUAAGUAACUCACUCUCUGUGUUUUGCACAUUUAAUAUACCUUCACAUUAGCUCUUCUACCAAUACUCCUCAAAAAACAGGUGACUAAUCGGGUGGCGUUGCUAGGUCAGACCUUAUCCCAGCUAUUUUUCUAUAUUGCCUUCUGAACGUGUGCAAGACACAUCCACAUUUGUAAAGCCAUCCCAGUCUCUAGCUCGAUAGGCCGACAGGUGCACAUGUUGUCCACGGUGUGUGUCGUACCGCGUUUGAAGUAUUUGUACCUUUUCUCAGUGUCUUUGGUGUUUUAAAAAUGUGGAGUCACUUAACCGAUUUAAAGUAGGGUUGUUGCUCCUCAAGCUGCAUGUGAUCUUGCAUGAGCAGAUCAAAAUGUAAACAGGAAGUUGAUACGUUAGACGUCGCUCUUGUUGUUGGCGUCACGAGACUCGCUGCAUCGUAUACUUGUCCCCAGCCAUAGUGCCUUAUAUAUUUGAGGUGGUUGAUGUUACUACUUAUAUAUAAAUAUAUCCAUGAAUACAUUAAUGUACUGGACUGCAGCACUUGAAGGUCCUACCAGUCCAUGCAUCCUGUGUGUGGAUUUAUAUCCAUGAAUACAUUAAUGUACUGGACUGCAGCACUUGAAGGUCCUACCAGUCCAUGCAUCCUGUGUGUGGAUUUAUAUCCAUGAAUACAUUAAUGUACUGGACUGCAGCACUUGAAGGUCCUACCAGUCCAUGCAUCCUGUGUGUGGAUUUAUAUCCAUGAAUACAUUAAUGUACUGGACUGCAGCACUUGAAGGUCCUACCAGUCCAUGCAUCCUGUGUGUGGAUAUAUAUCCCUGCACAGCCUGCAUGGACGUGAGGUAUCGCUGAUAGCGGUGCUUAUGGUUUGGAUUCGGUGUAUAUUUCAGUGUGUAGUGAGUUACUCUUUUGUUCCUUAGAGAAGGACGACGUGCUUUGCUGUAGCAGAUGCUCGCUGGUCCGUUAUUAAAUGCUCCUUUUCUGUCAUCGUCCUCCCCCUGAAUGAACUAGUGGACAAAGAGCAAGCAUUGAAUAUUUGCUUAAUAUUUCAUAAUCAAUUUCUAUUUAGUGAAACUCUUACUACUAACAGUAUUUGUACUGUUCGAUGAAACUGCAAUACAAUCUCUAAAUAGACGUUGAUUUGUAUUUUUUUGUCUUUGUAUUUAAAAAAAGAGACGUGUUUGAGUUUGUUUUUCUGUUUUCUAUCUGCGUUACCAGUGUGGUGGGCUUUGACUAGCUGAGGACGACAUGCUAAUUCAUUAACAGUAUGGAUUCUUCUAAGCCUGAGCAGACCAUGCAGUAUUGGACACACACACACACAUACAUACACACACAUAUAUAUACAUAUACAUGAGCUAGUCUACUUAGUGCAGACGCUUAAUAAGGUGUGAGUUUGUCGCGUGCAAUUCUCUCAUUUAUGCAUGUGACAAAGUUAACUUUUUUCCCUUUACAUUAUACCAUUUGUUUAAGGUUUAUUGGUGUUGACUGCUUAUUUUCUACAUUCCGUCAGGGAGAAUAUAUAUAUAUAUAUGCUGUGUUUUUGCUAGUUAUGUGCGUUAAGUUUUUUGUCUUUUCAAAUGAAGUUGCUUGUGCAGCACCAAAGACUGUAAUUCAUUUCCUGAGCAAGGUAGCUAGAUAUAUUCUGUUUUUACACAAUAGACCUCUUAUCUAGUAUACUAUAGUCGUAGAGCUGGGGUUACAUCUCAAAAAAUGGUAUUUAAAAAUAUAUAAAAACAUUUAUAAUACAUGGCUGAGGUUAUGUUGAGCUUUUUCCGGCGAUUUCAAUAAGCCAAGACAUUUUUGUUGAAUGUAUCAUAGAUACGCUGCUAUAUGAUCCACAGCUGUGAAAUUAGCUGAAUUAGUUCAAAACUAGCGUUCCUAUUUUUGUAUAGGUCCCUAAUGAUCUGAAAUAGAAGUGGUUUUGAUUUUUGUGGGUUUUUCUGCGUUCAUGUUUGAAGCGUCAUUGUAACUACUGUAUUGCUGAUGGACGUUAGUUGCAUUCGUUCUGGUUUUGGGGGUCUGGGUGUUUUUGCAGUAUUUUAUCCUUAUUAACCGUUUUGGGCUCGUCACUGCAUAUAAAUGGAUGUAUCGAUGUCAUUUCAUUUUUGUAUGUUUUCAUAUUGCCGUUUUGUAAACAUGUAAAACUAUAGCUUGCAAGAUUGAUUUAACUUUCUUCAUUAUGGUAGUAAUUUGAGUAUACAGUUAUAAUAGCGUCUGUUAUGUAUGGCAGGAGCACUGUGAGGUAGCAGGACACUCAAUGGAAGGCUUACAGUAUGUAACAUGUUAUCCCCAAGUCACACCACUAACAACCUGUCAGUAGUCUGCUAGUAAGGGGUUGUCGUAUUGACUCCUCAUGGUCCCGCGGGGAAUUGAACACAAAAUAUGUCUCAUUUAGCCCAAAGUGUUUGUUCCCAUUCAAUAUUUUAUCACUUUAAAUGAUUAUUUCCUUUUAAAAUAUGGAUUUUACGCAAACAUUUAUAUCUGUUCAGUAUUGUCACUGUCUGUGACAUGAGUGGUUCCCAUUUCUACAUUGGUUCCAUAUUGGAAUAAUCUGCCUUCUGUUUGUUUAGGAGGUUUCUCCAUUGUAUCGCUCUCCCCUUUAGAAGUGUCUCAUAACAGAGUGGUGUUUAUCAAUGGAAGUCUCUGGGCAUAUAUGUUCUGUACUGAUGUUCAGACAGUGUGAGCAGCACUGUGCUUGUGCCUUGAGAAUCAGAGGGUCAGCGAAAUAGGGACAGGGACGAUGUUAGUCCCUUAUACGGUAACAGUACCCCUCUCCUCUACCUGCUCUGUGUUGGAGGGGGAGGAGGGGUUGAGGAUCUAACAAAAAUCCAUCUUGCAGAAUGAAGUUAGUAAUGAGUUAGUAAUGAGUUAGUAAUGAGUUAGUAAAUGGCCACUUGACCAAAAAUCACCUACAGAAAAUGGAGCGUUUCACACCCGGACUGUCAUUCAACCUCUCAUACCAGGGAUUAGGAAAAGACUUGUUUGAUGAGCGUUGUCAUGACAGUAGUGUAGAAGGCAUAUGUGUUUAAUAGAUAUAGGCCAACAAAGUUUCUCACACACACACACACACACACUCUCACUCUCACACACUCACACACACUCACACACACCGAGAGGCUCUUUGAGUGACGUGCUGAUUUAACAGUCCUCUCGAUAGUCACUCUUGUUGAACAGUAAAUGCAAUACUUUAACGUUAUGGUCUUUGUACCACCAAGUGUUCUUACAUCUCCUCCUGCCAGCUCCGAUACUGUGCAUAUACACCACCGAGUCAGCUGCACUAAUCUGUGGGGAAAUACUGACUCCAAGUCUGUCAUUUUCACCAUUGUCAAUAGACUAAACACCUUGCAACCAUGACAGUCAGAACCAGUGGAUAACACAUGGUGGACUCAUUGUCAAUAGACCAAACACCUUGCAACCAUGACAGUCAGAACCAGUGGAUAACACAUGGUGGACUCAUUGUAGGACUGAGUAGUUAAGGAGAACUCUGAACUGAGUCCAGAGGACUUCUAGACUUUAACCACAAACUGUUGCUGUUCACAAAGGGCUGAUUGACCAAACAGAGUCUGUUAAUAUAAGACGCUAGAGAAUUGCUCUGGAAUAGAUAUUUAGUUUGCGGUGUGUUAAGGAGCUCUCUGGAGAUUAUUGUGGCACCACUUGAAAUUCACUACUCUUGAGGAGCGUAAGGUAUUACACAUUUCAACACCAAAAUAUUGCCGGACAGGUGUUUUAUCAACCAUGUUUUCAGUUUCAUGCUUUUGUUAUGACAUCUUUAAUUUAGGUAAAAAGCUGAAAUUACGACAAGGCAUGAACUUGGCAGACCUGGAGUGCUUGAUAUGUGUGUUCCAGUGAUAUAAGCAUGUUAACUGUAACUUUAUUCCUGUGUAAUGGUAUUCACCAGCAAUGCGCCUGCACAAACUCUCCCACACUUAAAAACAAAGAUGGAUACAAAGUAUGAUCCUAGACUGUUUGUAUUUCUCCAGUUAUAACUCCAUAUGACAACUACUGGACACAUGAAAGAACCGUUUUCAGAGAACUCGUACAACAUGUUUGAGAUGAAACGUAACAACAGAAGACAUAGCAGUUUGUAAAAUGAUCCGUAUGAUUCAUUGCUGAUUUUGAAGAAUCCUCUAAUCUGGUUGUGAAGAUGUUGAUUCAGGGUCUAUGUGUUCGUUCAAUGUGUUACUGUGUUACACUUCAAUAUUUACUAUUUGGUUUCCAUCA